AUGAAUGAAGCAGACGAGUCACUACCCAACAGCAAGAAAAAUACUCAAACUCGCUAGAAGUUAGGAGUCAUUAAUCUUGAAGGAAACAUAACCUACGAAGGAGAAUGGCUCAACGGAAUGAAAGACGGCAAAGGUGUUCAAAAGUGGCCAAAUGGUUCAGUUUAUGAAGGCGAAUGGAAAGAAGAUAAAAGCAACGGAUUUGGUAAACUUACUCAUGCUGACGGAGACAUUUAUGAAGGCUAAUGGAUAAACGACAAAGCCAAUGGAAAAGGAACAUACUACCAUGUAAACGGUGCGAAAUAUGUUGGAGAGUGGAAGGAUGAUAAACAGCAUGGAAAAGGAGUAGAAAUAUGGACAGAUGGAGCCCGCUACGAAGGUGAUUAUAUCAAUGGGCAGAAAGAAGGAAAAGGCUUCUUGAAAUUUUCUGAUAAUUCCGAGUACGAAGGAGAAUUUAAAGAUAAUAAUAUAGAAGGUAAAGGAAUUUAUAGAUGGCCUGAUGGUAGAGUCUAUGAAGGAGAAUGGAGAUAGAAUAAAAUGCAUGGAUAUGGAAAAAUAAGGCUGCCAAAUCAAUAAUCAUAUGAAGGAAAUUACGAAAAUGAUAAAAAGCAUGGAAAAGGCACUUUCGAAUGGUAAGACGGAAGAAAGUAUGUAGGAAACUGGAAAUUCGGAAAAUAGCAUGGUGUAGGAGUAGAAAUAUUUAAAGGUGGAGAAAGGAAGUAUGGUAUUUGGGAAGAAGGCAAAAAAGUGAAGUAGCUUUAAGUAGAAGAAGUGUCUGAAUUAAGAGAUAAUGGAUAGCUUAGCUUUGAAGAGUAAAUAUCAAUCGAUGCCUAAUGA